AUGGCAGUGACACACGUUACUGCUUCUGCUUUUAUAAGUCUUAUGUUGGCAAUGCUGCCGCCAGUUGAUGGUCACGCUCGUCUUUGGGAACCCCCGGGAAGAAGCACCAUGUGGAGAAGAGAGUUUGGGACUCCGGUUAACUACCAAGACAAUGAGUUGUUUUGUGGUGGUUUUGAGCAUCAGGUGCAGCUAGGCUACAAGUGUGGAGUGUGUGGCGACCCCUUCGAUGGGAGGAGGGACAACGAAGCCGGGGGCAAGUAUGCCACCGGAGUUAUCACCAGGACCUACAGGCAGGGUCAAAAUGUGACCUUUCAGGUUGACCUUACAGCAAAUCAUAAAGGUUACUUUGAGUUCAAGAUCUGUCCAACCAACGACCCGAAGAAACAAGAGACGCAAGAAUGCUUCGACCCGUACCCGCCUGACAAUGCUUUGAGGAGUAUCAGCGUGACUCUUCCAAAGGAUCUCACCUGCGAGUUUUGUGUUCUCCAGUUUCGUUAUCACGCAGGCAAUAGUUGGGGCACCGACCCUGAUGGAAAGUCAUGCAUCGGAUGCGGUAAUCAAGAAGAAUUCUACGGUUGUUCAGACAUACGAAUUCUUCCUCAUAGCUCAUCACAGCCUGUCAUCGAAGAACCAGUCAAAGAAGCACCCAAAUACACAGCUACAACCACCAAUUCAUAUCCUAGUGAGCGAACAACGACUAUGUCUACUGACAGUUCUAGAAAGUACGAUCGUGUUUACAAUGGGGCUGAGAAUGAUGCUUCGAAUUACCUACAGUCCCCAGAUGACAGAAGCAUAAAUGGGGAUAAUAUCGUUUGCCGAGGUGUGGGACACUAUACGGACCUUGACGAAUGGUGUCAACUGAACUGUCAGUUAGGUCAUUGUCCAGAAACGCACUGUCAGUGUGACAAAUUCCAGUACAUGCAUGGCACUAAGCGGGAAACGGGAUGCAGAGCUGCAGGUGGGUUUGCCAGUGUUCAGGGUUACGAUACAUGGUGUCGGGAUAACUGUGCAAGAGGACAUUGCCCAAGCUCUUUGUGUAUUUGCUGA